UACGAGCCUUCAUUCUGGGAGAGUAGAUGUGUUCAUGGUAUGGGAUCUCGGGGUAGCAUUGGUCGAAUGGGUGGCAGUCAGCAUGCAGGCUAACCAGCAGAGCCGACGGUUGGGUAGUAAUAUAGUUGUAUAGCCUGCCUUCGUUUGGUCCCAACAUGCAUAUCAACUGGCAAUGCCCUCUCUCUUUUUCUCUCCUUCUUCUCCCCGGCCUUCUCACUCUGGCCCUCGCGCGUCGCUCGUCAAGAGAACGGUGCCGAUUUCAGGGUAACACCGACGGGUUACCUUGCAGGGUAGACAUGUUGGCUGCGCCCCAUCGCAUUCCCAUAUGUGUCUGUAGGUAUGUGCGAUGUCAGAAAGUCAGCACUCUACGAGCUUGUAGCCGAGUGAUGGGAUGGGUUGAGACGGUGCCGGCUAUGAGCGGGGGGUGCCGGUUGGCCCUCGUUGCUCCGGCGGAAGCUCUCAUUGUGUAGCGUGUGCCCGCAGAGAGGAACGCCGGACGAUGGGGGUGAUGAAAAGAUAUUUUUGGAGGUAGUGAAAAUGUUGUAUUGUUGUGGUUU